AUGCCGUCCAACGAAGGCUUUGCCACUAUCAUCCGUAACUACCGUGUUCUGAUCGUCGGCGGUUCAUACGGAGGACUGAGUGCAGCUUUGGCUCUUAUCGAUCUUUGUGCUGGUCGACUGGCCCGCUUCAACUCCAAUGCAGAUUCCAAACCUCCUCAAAGACAGGUUCCGGUUCAAAUCACAGUGGUGGAUGAAAGAGAUGGCUUUUAUCAUCUGAUUGGCUCCCCCAAAGCGCUGGCAUGCGACAAAUUUGCAUCCAAAACAUGGAACCGAUUCAAAGAUAUUCCUGCAUUACAGUCACCAAACAUGCGGUUCCUUCGAGGCAGUGUCAGCUCUGUCAAUUGCCAGGAAAAAUCGGCUCAGAUUCUCGACCUUGAAACUAACGAGACCGUAGAGGAAAGUUACGACUUUCUGCUUGCUAGCUCCGGUCUUCGUCGGGUAUUCCCCACUGUUCCGCAAUCUCUCCUAAGACAUAAAUUUCUUGAGGAGGCGAGGGGCCAUCAAGAAGAAAUUCGGAGUGCCCGAAAUGGCGUGGUAAUCAUCGGUGGAGGUGCGGUUGGUGUUGAGAUGGCUGCGGAGUUAAAAGAACUAGACCCCAAACAGAAGGUUACGCUUGUUCAUUCUCGCGAUCGGCUGCUUUCUGCAGAGCCUUUACCAGACGACUUCAAAGACCGUGUUACCUCUGUGCUCCGCGAGGCAGGCGUGGAGGUCAUUUUGGGCCGGCGGGUUAUCGACACUACAGCAGUAGAAACAGAAGGAGAGAAGCAGGCAUGGAACCUGACUUUGUCCAAUGGCACGCAGAUCAAGGCUGGUCAUGUUAUGAAUGCCGUUUCCAAAUCCGUUCCUACGACGUCGUAUCUGCCGCAGGAUGCGUUGACACAGGACGGCUACGUGAAUAUCCGGUCAUCCUUGCAAUUCCCUACAAAUAUCCCAAACGCAGACCACCACUUUGCUAUGGGUGAUAUUGCUUCGUGGACUGGGAUUAAACGUUGUGGGGGUGCUAUGCACAUGGGCCACUAUGCAGCCACCAACGUUCAUCAGGUUAUGCUAUCGGAGCGUUUUAAUAUUAAGCCCGAGUUCACUACACUGAAUAAUUUUCCACCAGUUAUUGGACUGGCUCUUGGGAACACUGCUGUUGUAUAUACUCCAGAUGAGGGAACUCGAGAUGGAGAGGAUCUCAUGACAAUCAUGUUUGGUGAAGACAUGGGUUAUACCAUUUGUUGGAAUUACAUGAAGCUGUCUGAGCCUUGCCAGGCUUGA